AUGACUAAAGUACUGUUUGCAAUCGUCCUCACGAUGAUCACAUUCGCUGUGGUACUAUCUGCCAGUACUAAGGAAGCUAUGACCACGACUAUGUCUGACCAGGUUAACAGCAUUGAUGUGGAUGUCUUAGCUGUAAUGGACAUGUGCAAUGAUAGCUACAGAAUUGAUCCAACUUAUUUACAAGCGUUGAAUGAGAGCGGGAGCUUCAUUGAUGAAACCGACAAGACGCCAAAGUGUUUCAUCCGCUGUGUAUUCGAAAACGUGGGCAUAGUAUCAGAAGAUGGUAAGCAGUUCAAUCCAGCGAGAGCCGCUGUCAUCUUUGCUGGAGAACGCAAUGGAAAGCCUAUGGAAGACAUCGCUGACAUGACUGCACUGUGUGCAACUGAUAGACAGGAAACCUGCCCCUGCGACAGAUCAUACAAGUUCCUAAGAUGCCUGAUGUCGAUGGAAAUUGAAAGAUAUGAGAAAUCUUAA